UUGAGGGAGGGAGGGGAAGGAGUGUGUGAGUGAGUGCAGGGCAGAGGCGAAAACGAGGAUUCGGGACAUUCCUAGCAGCUGCGGAGGAGGAGCAGAAGGAGGAGGAGACCCUCCAUCCCUCUUCCUCCCCCCACAGGAACGCGAAUGCUGCUGCUGUUUCUGCAGGAUUAGAGGUGAGGGCUGAGUCGCAUCCUCCCCCCCGGAAUCCCGUUCAGCCAUCGACAAUGUCCGCGAUCGUCGUGCUCCUUUUCUAGACCCCCUCUCCUCCAGCGCCCUCUCUUUCCUUGGGUAUCCUGUUUAGUCAUGGCCCGGUCGUCUUUCAAAGACCCACCUUGCUAGACCCCUCUUUCGCACGGGCCGCCUUUCAACGACCUUUGUGCUGAUUGCACUUCCCUCCCUCCUUUUCUCUUUUGGUUCCGUCAACGUCGUCAUCAACGACCGGCCUUGUCCUGCGUGCCUCCCAUCCAUCCCUUCUGUGCAGUUCCUCUCCGUCCUAAAAAUUCAAUCCCAUUGCCGGCUGUCUAGGAAGCGUCGGAGUUCAAUACUGCGCUUGUUCAUGAAAUCGCCACGACAGAACCAGCUGUUUCUUCUUCUCGGUGGCGAUUUUCUCGAGGUUCGCGUUCAUCAAAGGUGGGCAGGGUAGGAGCAUUGAAGGAACAUCUUCUGUAAUCAACGACGGAUUGCUGCAUGUCAUUUCAUCGUGUGGAUUGAAUGGGCAGGUGCUCAAGGGAUAGGCAUUGCUUAUUUUGUGGGUACAGCCGUGCACUUGGCUUUCGGGUGGUUUCCCGGAAUGAAUCGAAGUCGAAAUUGAAGCCCAAAUCGAAGCCGUGGUAGAAGGUAGGUAGGUUUUCCUUCCGAAUGGAACACUGGUGUUCCAUGCAAGGGCAUGAGUAAGCAGAUAUGGCUUACCUAGGUUUUGUAAUCUUGAAGCAAGAACAACCACUUUGUAGCGUCUGGGAGACUGGAAAAGCGAAAGAGGCGAAGACGCAGCGAAGGAAGUGCAGAACAGGGUUUCCGAACAAGUAGGGCUCUACGAAUACAAUGAAGAUGAAAGCUUCAAAGCCGAAUCUGGUGGGGGUGCUGGUUGGUUUGUUUGUUUUUGGGGCCUCGGUGUCUGGUCGUGUAUUGCAAGAGGCGAGGAUGAAUGUUAAUUUCCGCCGGUUGGGCGUUGAUGUCGGGCCUCACAUUAAAAGGAACCUUCUGGAAGAAGGAGCUCCUGUUCCCUCCUCGCCAACAGAUUCUGGUGAACUGAGCAAGAGCUUGGUGUACCUUUUAGGCUUUGGCUCUGCUCUUGUCAUAGUGAUCGUGAUUUCGAUAUCAGCAAUUGCCUAUUUCCGUUACAAGAGACGGUCCACGGCUGUGCGUCCUUGGAAGCAAGGGAUGAGUGGGCAGCUGCAGCGCGUGUUUGGCACUGAGGCACCUCUCCUUAGAAGGGAGGAAGUUGAGGUGGCUUGUGAGGACUUCAGUAAUAUCAUAGGAUCUUCUUCGGACAAUAUCGUGUACAAAGGAACUCUUUCCAAUGGGACAGAGAUCGCUGCCACCAGUAUGCGUGUUUCUAUAGAGAACUGGAGCACACAGAAAGAAUUAUCCUUCCGCCGGAAAGUCGAGGCUCUUGCAAGAAUGAGACAUCCCCACUUAGUCAACCUUGUUGGAUAUACUUCUGAAGAGGAGCCUUUCACUCGUAUUCUCGUCUUUGAGUAUGCCAGCAAUGGAACUUUGUAUGACCAUCUUCACAACAAGGAGAGCGAGCAUUUGGACUGGGCUACCCGCAUGCGCAUCAUCAUGGGGACGGCUUAUGGGCUGUCGUACAUGCAUCAUGAGCUUGUCCCGCCUGCGAGUCACCUGAAUUUGGACUCGAAUUCCAUCUUUUUGACUGAUGACUACGCUGCAAAAGUUGCGAAUUUCGGAGUAUCAAAGAUGUCCUUAACAAGAUCUGAACGUCAAAAGAACAGUUGGUUGGCGCCUCGAGUAAUUGGUUAUGAUGAUUCUGAGGGCUCGGAUCGCCUUAGUCCAGACUUCGAGAGUAACAUGUACGCCUUUGGUUUGUUAUUACUAGAGAUUAUUAGCGGACGCGUCCAGCACAGUGAACUGACAGGAAAUCUUGUGGACUGGGCAAACGAAUAUCUGAGCGAUUCAAAGAUGGUGUGGUACAUGGUUGAUCCAUCUCUUAAAUCGUAUAAUCACGACGACUUGGUUGCGCUCUGCAAGAUUAUCCAGCUUUGCCUCUUGUCCAGGAAUCGAAGGCCAUCCAUGCGGAAGAUUACAAACAUGUUAGCAGAGGUCCUCAAGAUGUCUCCAGAAGCAGUUGGUCCAAAGUCGACUGCCUUAUUAUGGGCAACACUUGAACUUAAUGACGAUAAUACCGAGACACAUUGAAUUGAGAACUUCCUUCGAACAGGAUAUCUGUAUGUUAUUUAAUCGGUUUUGGGAUUUCAUAUGUACAGUAGUAUUCAUAAAGCCUUCUCCUGGGUCCGACGUUUCUGAUCAGGUAGUAUUCCACCAAUGCUCUUUAUAGGAAUUCAAAUAGGGACGGGAAGGAAGAUUGGUUACACAUUAGGUUCGCUUUGCGCUUGAGAGAAUCCACUGCUAAACUUCCCUGUCGACUAAGUUGUACAUUAUUGAGUUCACACAGAUCCGUCAAUUUUCUGUUGUUUUUCUCUGAGGAACAUAGACUUUUGUUUGAUUAUGAUCCCUUGGCUUGUGCACGAACCUUAUUGAUGUGCCUGGGAGAAAAACACGCUUACAUUUAUUUCCAACGUUUGAAGCGCACUGAAUGAGUGCUAGCUUCAUGAGGUUGGUGUCA